UUUCCGCAGCAUGUAAUUAGCCUAAUCCCACGCCCGAGCGCAUCGUGAACGCGCAGCGUCUUCAUUCAAUGGACGUUUCCGGAUACAAUGCCAUCUGACGUUUACUGCUAUUUAAAUACAUUUAAUUAAUCUGGAAUAAAUUACAAAAUUAUACAAAAAAACGUGCAAACCCUAAGUGUUUAGCAUCCGAAUAAGGUUGAAAUUGUUUAACUUAAUAUUUUUCAAAAUAUCAAUUCCGUGUUGGAUCUCUUUUUUGUUUUUGAAGUUCUUCAGAUCUUGCCAUCCAUUUCCGAUAGUCCUGGGAAAGUGUUCUUCUGCAUAGAUGAUACAGCGUUUAAUAUUUAAAGUCCAUUUUUGCCGCGCAGCGCUAACGACGGAUGCCCCUGCACCCUGUUUCCCGCUUUCGCUUCACUUAUAAUAGAAAUUAUUAUAUAUAUAGAUAGAUAGAUAAUCUCAACAGCGAGACAUAAUGCAAAUUGUUGUGGCGGCGCGGGGUGUGUAGUUUUCUAUAUCUGGGUUGGGAUUUCUGUUUAAAUAUUCAAAAUGGCGGACGGAGGAGCAACGAGUCAAGAUGAGAGUCCAGGGCCAGAGUCGAGAAUGAGUGAUCCGUCUGAGCGGACUAAGGACGCCAUGGAGAGCAGGGACGGAAAUGCAGGUGCCCAAACAAACGGACUGGACUUUCAGAGGCAGAGCUCGCAAACAACGAGCACCAUUACCAACGCCCACACGCAGGCCCUGCUGCAGCAGUCUAAGUCAGGGGAAGCAGUGGAACCUCCAGCCUCCAGCCAGCAGGGGGCGUUGCCCCAAACGCAGCUGAUGUUGGCCGGGGGACAGAUCACUGGAUUGACGCUGACUCCUGCGCAGCAGCUGCUGAUCCAGCAGGCCCAAGCCCAGCUUCUGGCAGCAGCCGUGCAGCACUCGGCCAGCCAGCAGAGCACCACCACUGGGGCCACCAUCUCCGCCUCCGCGGCCACGCCCAUCACACAGAUCCAGCCCAUUCAGAUCACACCUGACCUGCAGCAGUUCCAGCAGCUGCAGCAGUUUGUGUUGGUGCAGCCGGGUCACCCCAUCGCCGCGCAAUUGCAGCCGGCGCAGUUCAUUAUCUCGCAGACGCCGCAGGGGCAGCAGAGUCUUCUGCAAGCUCAGAAUCUCCUAACUCAACUACCUCAAAGCCAAGCCAACCUCCUGCAGACUCAGCCAAGCAUUGCCCUUACCACACAGCCGGCGACACCGACGCGCACGAUAGCUGCAACCCCCAUCCAGCCCCUCCUACACAGCCAGACGACACCAAAGCGAAUGGACACGCCCAGUCUGGAGGAGCCCAGUGACCUGGAGGAGCUGGAGCAGUUUGCUAAGACCUUUAAGCAGAGGAGGAUCAAGCUGGGCUUCACUCAGGGGGAUGUGGGACUGGCCAUGGGAAAACUGUACGGAAAUGAUUUCAGCCAGACCACCAUCUCGCGCUUCGAAGCCCUGAACCUGAGCUUCAAGAACAUGUGCAAGCUGAAGCCGCUGCUUGAGAAGUGGCUGAACGAUGCAGUGUGUGCAGAGAACCUGACCUCGGACCAGGCCCUGUCCAGCCCCAGUGCCUUGGGCUCCCCGGGCCUGGGCAUGGAGGGCCUGAACCGGCGCCGCAAGAAGAGGACCAGCAUCGAGACCAACAUCAGAGUGGCCUUAGAAAAGAGCUUUCUGGAGCAGAACCAAAAACCUACCUCUGAGGAGAUCACCAUGAUUGCCGACCAGCUGAACAUGGAGAAGGAGGUGAUCCGCGUGUGGUUCUGCAACCGGAGGCAGAAGGAGAAGAGGAUCAACCCCCCCAGCGCCAGCAGCACUCCCAUCAAAGCGAUCUUCUCUCCGUCCACCCCCUUGGUGCCCAGCACGGCCAGCCUUGUCACCAGUAACCCACCGACCACGUUGACUGUAAACCCAGUUCUGCCUCUCACCAGCAUGGCCGCCACCAGCCUCGCUUUUACAGGCACGACCCCUGGGGCAGCGACCACGAACACGGCCUCGGUCAUCUCCACGGUCCCCAUGGUGACUUCUGCUAUGGCCUCCCCUUCCUUGAGCCCCUCCCCAACGGUGCAGGCAGCCACGGAGGUGGGCGGAGCCCACGAAACAAACACGGAUACACAUGUGCCCUCCUCCCUGGCACCUACGCUGGGCGCCGGACAGGUGAUGGUGACUGCAUCGGGUCUCUCGGCUGCCCUGCAGGGUGCCGCCCAGCUGCCCACCAGUGCUGGACUGGCUGCCAUGGCGGCCGCCGCUGCCGGACUCAGCCCGGGCCUCAUGGCGUCCUCACAGUUUGCUCCCGGGGGAGCGCUGCUGAGUCUGGCUCCCAGCGCCCUGGGCAGCGCACUGAGUCCGGCCCUUAUGAGCAACAGCACGCUGGCGACCAUCCAAGCUCUGGCCUCUAGCGGCAGCCUUCCCAUCACCUCUCUGGACGGCAGCGGCAGUUUGCUCUUCGCUAACGCCAGUGCAGGCAGCACUCCCAACCUGCUGACGGCUCCACUGUUCCUCAACCCUCAGAACCUGUCCCUGCUGACCAGCAACCCGGUUAGCCUGGUGUCUGGGGCCGGGGCCGGGGCCCUUAACCUGCAGGUCACCACGGCGACCGCGCACGGUGACUCCCAGCAUAGCAGCGGAACCGUCACCACGGCACCCGCCGCCACUAUCACCACUGCCUCCAAGGCCCAAUGAACUCGUGGCCACGCCCCUUGUGCGUGUCCCCCUCCCUUCCCCGCCUCCUUUCUCCUUAUUUAAUACUUCUGCUGCCACCAAAAAGAAAAAAACCUACUGAAUUUAUUUUUUUAUAUAAGGCUUUAUUCUCUUUUAAGUAUUCUUUUAAGUAUCUUUAUUCUUUUAUUGUGCCAGGAUCUAAGGUUUUUUUUAAUUGUUGUUUUUUUUUUCUCCCUUGCCAUUUUUAAUCAUUUUUUUAAUCAUUUUUGGUGAGGGUGGGGCAUGUGCACAAAUCACUUGACGCCCUGUUGCCAUGGCGAUUGGAGACUGUCCAAACAGACUCUUCACACAGCACUCCUGUGUGCAGUCCUGGCACAAUCCGGGGAGAAAAAAUAGCAUUUCCCUAAAUUAUCUUUUUGAGCGUACCUAUUUUUUUUUCUCCCCUUCACCCAGAAAAUCAAUUAUCGUUCGAACCAAAAAAUGUGAGACAUGCAUUCGACUGAGUGACCUCGUCGCUGAGGUCGACGUCAUUUCCGUUCAGAAUACUGCUUUUUAAUGGUGAACUUUCUUUUGUUUAUGGUCUGUCAUACUGGCUCGUUACACUGUUUUAUACCAGAGGUCUAAAGGAUAGGGUUAGGGUUCUUUCAUUGCUGAACUCAUUACUGCGUUUACAGAUUUGUGUGUGUUUGUAUGGGGGUGUACGGUGUUUGUGGGUGAUUUACCGUCUGAGUUGCAUUAAUCUCUGUAAAAAGCUGAAACGCGGUUAGAAGGCUUUAAAACGUCAAACCGGUGCUGCCGCUGUUCCCCGUGUGGCCAUAGGGGGCGGCACAUGUGAGUUUGCCUCCUGAGACGCCUGCCAGUCACCAUCAUCGCUGGCGUCCCUGCCGUUUGUCUCCAUAUACACUGAUCACUUUUGUUUCAAAGUAGCUUUAAUAAUACUAAGAGCUUUAUGGUGGCAAGUGUGUCACACUGCUUCU